GGAGAGGGAGGGGGAGCGGCAGGCUACUACACCAUCCAAAGAUGCUUGCUUUUUCUAGAAGCACGAUUUAUAACACGGCCGAACGUUCGACAUUCAAAGUAAACGAUUCUUGCGAGAAAUUUAAAGAGGAACACAAUCUUAACUCUUUAUUGACACUGAUAAUGGAAGAUUGAGAGUAGCCUGGACAGUUGCGGAUAGUGGGGACGCUGUUUCGACGCUAUGAUCCCAGUUUCCUGAUGCAGGGCCAGGGAUAAACUUAAGUGUGCACCGGAUAUUGGAAAAUCGUUCUUCUGUGGCUGUAAUAAUUGAAUAUGCUAUCCGGGAAGGAAACAAAACAUUUAGUCUAGUUUUAGAAGGAGGAUAAUAAGACGAAUAGGCUAUAUCUAUGUGAAAACAUUCGGGACAACUUCUUAACAAACAUUAUUGACUAUUAAAAAAAUUGUAUCGGGUAGAUUUUGGAUGUCAUCUGCUAUGCAGUCUCUGCUUGAGAGAUUUUCAUAUUACAGCUGCAACCAGCUACGGUAGGCUAAUUGACGAUACUAUCAUAGUAACUGCAGCGAUUUCAAUUGUUGUUUAUCCCUUCUGUAUCUCAUUUUGGACAUCUAGCCUAAUAUUAGCGCCUGUCAAUAUUUCCUUACCCCUCUUUCUCAACUCCCAAUAAUUUAAUGUAGCCUACGUUCAUUUUUGAAUUGAUACAAUGAUGGGGCAGUUAUUGUUAUCAUUUUAAAUAUACUGUAAUUUAUCUCUAAACAACAACAAAUAUAUGCAGUAGCCGCAAGAAAAACAAGUGCAUGGGAGUAGGCUAGGCCACGGAACUGCCAUCGCGACCACAGCCGCUCUCUAUCACUCCCUGUGACAUCGCUAUGUGUCUGUAAUGUCGGUACGGCGGUGCCGCGCCGCCCGAAGGACUGAGAGUAAUCGUUAUAAAUUUUUCUGGACAAAUAACAUUGAUCAUAUAGCCUUAUAGUGAUAGAAUUCCGUCUUUAACAGACGGUCAGCAUGACUAGCAAAGAGCUGACUGUAGGCCAAUCGGCCCAGUACGUCGGGCCUUACCGGCUGGAGAAAACGCUGGGGAAAGGGCAGACAGGUCUGGUGAAGUUGGGCGUCCAUUGCAUAACUGGACAGAAGGUGGCUAUAAAGAUUGUGAAUAGAGAAAAGCUUUCCGAGUCUGUCCUUAUGAAGGUGGAGAGAGAGAUAGCUAUUCUUAAACUAAUAGAACACCCUCAUGUACUGAAGCUGCAUGACGUUUAUGAGAAUAACAAGUAUCUAUACCUGGUGCUGGAGCAUGUAUCAGGUGGAGAGCUCUUUGACUACCUGGUGAAGAAAGGCAGGCUGACCCCUAAAGAGGCCAGGAAGUUCUUCAGGCAGAUCAUCUCAGCCCUUGACUUCUGCCACAGUCACUCUAUAUGUCAUAGAGAUCUAAAGCCAGAGAACCUGCUCCUUGAUGAGAAGAACAACAUUCGCAUUGCUGACUUUGGCAUGGCCUCCCUACAGGUUGGGGACAGCCUACUAGAGACGAGCUGUGGAUCUCCCCACUAUGCAUGUCCAGAAGUGAUCAGGGGAGAAAAGUAUGAUGGCCGCAGGGCUGACGUCUGGAGCUGUGGAGUCAUCCUCUUUGCUCUGCUAGUGGGGGCGUUACCUUUUGACCAUGACAACCUGCGGCAGCUACUGGAGAAGGUGAAGAGUGGGGUGUUCCACAUGCCCCACUUCAUCCCCCCUGACUGCCAGGCCCUGCUCAAGGGCAUGAUAGAGGUCAACCCUGACAAGCGGCUCACGCUAGAAGCAAUACAGAAACACUCCUGGUACCUCGGGGGGCGUAACGAGCCGUGCCCGGAACAGCCCCCUCCGAGGCGCGUGUGCGUGAAGAGGAUCGUGUCUGUGACAGAGCUGGACCCUGACGUGCUGGAUAGCAUGCACUCUCUGGGCUGCUUCAGGGACCGCAGCAAACUCACACGGGACCUGCAGUGUGAGGAAGAUAAUCAGGAGAAGAUGAUCUAUUACCUGCUCCUGGACAGGAAAGAACGUUACCCCAGCUGUGAAGACGAAGACCUGCCGCCCAGGAAUGACACAGACCCCCCCAGGAAGCGGGUAGACUCCCCCAUGUUAACCCGUCAUGUCCGCCAUCGUCCUGAGAGGAAGAGUCUGGAAGUCCUGAGUGUGACGGACCAAGGAUCCCCGACACCCCCUCGCAGAGCCCUGGACACGUCCGCACACAGCCAGAGGUCUCGUUCUGUCAGUGGCGCCUCCACUGGGCUGUCCUCCAGCCCCCUGAGCAGUCCCAGGAGCCCAGUGUUCACUUUCAGCCAAUCAGAAGUCACCUCUGCCUCAACCACCCAGUCCAAAGACCCCAAACCAGGAAGUGCCACCACUCCUCGGGCAUCCCAACGUGCACCCGAUCCAAAAACCCAGACCCUGCCUUCUAAGGCGGCUUCUGAUCGUCCUCACCUCCAGUCCAUGAAGUCCCUCCCCCUUCAGACGCCUCCUUCCCCCUCCCCCUCCCCUCUUCUCUCCCCCAUCCCUCGUUUUUUCUUCUUCCCUGCUCCCUCCGUCUUCAAGUCUGUCACUAAGAAUAUCUAUCCUAACUCUGCCCCCCCUGUGUCACAGGUCACACCCCAGGGCUCUCCGCUCCCCACCCCUCUGGGUACCCCUGUCCACCAUCCCCAGCACCCCCCUCCCACCCCUCCCUCCUCUUCCUCCUCCUCCUCUUCCUCCAGGGCGGAGGGGGGCGGCGGCGUGGGCGGCGGCUCCCUGUCUCUUACUCCUCCCUCCAGCCCCGGAGGCAGUGGGGGCAUGGCAGCUAGUAGCUCCGCCCACUGGAGGACACGCCUCAAUUCAUUCAAGAACAACCUGCUGGGGUCACCUCGUUUCCACCGCCGCAAGCUGCAGGUCCCUACGUCAGAGGACAUGUCUAGUCUAACUCCAGAAUCCAGCCCUGAGCUGGCCAAGAAGUCGUGGUUUGGGAAUUUCAUCAGUUUGGAGAAGGAGGAGCAGAUCUUUGUUGUGAUCAAAGACAAACCACUCAGCUCCAUCAAAGCUGACAUAGUUCAUGCCUUUCUGUCUAUCCCGUCUCUGAGCCACAGCGUCAUGUCUCAAACUAGUUUCCGGGCUGAAUACAAGUCCUCUGGCGGGCCCUCAGUCUUCCAGAAACCCGUCAAGUUUCAGGUGGACAUCGCCUUUUCUGAAGGAGAUAGGGAACGAGAGAGGGAGAGGGCGGAGAGGGAAGGAAAGAGAGAGACGGGCAUCUACAGUGUGACUUUCACCCUAAUAUCAGGUCCCAGUCGAAGGUUCAAGAGAGUAGUGGAAACGAUUCAAGCCCAGCUACUUAGUACUCAUGAUCAGCCUUCUGUGCAGGCACUGGCUGAUGAGAAGAACGGACAGCUUUCCUCACGUCAGCCCGGCACCCCCACCCGCCAGAACUCCCGCCGCUCCGAAGGCGGAGGGGACCGUGGAGAGCGAAGUGACCGGGUCGAACGUGGGGACGCAGGCAUAGGUGGCAGUGGCAGUGUUCUACAGAGGAGAGGAUCCGGUAAAGACAAGACCCGACUCCUGUCCUCCAACGGGACCCAGUCUCAGCCCUGACAGAACCCUGUAGAGCACCAGACAAGGCAGGAGCAGGACCGGCCAGAGACAUCUUGAGGAACACACCGGCUUCCCCAAUCAAACAGAACACCCACAGCACAGGUUACCACACCACCUUAUUGGAAAACACUCACUGGCUGCCCUUUGAGGCAGUCAGGAAACCCUAAUAAGCAACCUUAACUUAAAAAAAGAAAAAACAUUUCUACUGGGAAUCACCAUCAUCAAAUAGUCAGGAACACCACAGUCCAUGUCUACAGUAUGUCCAAAACAUUUACCAAUCAUCUUUCAUCAACCACACAUAUGUAAAAUCAAAAUGAGUCCUGUCAGCAGUCAGAUCAGAAGCUAGCUGAUUCAUCCUGCUCAGAGGAAAGAUCUAUGGUGAAUUGUAGGAUGGAGUCACCCAUUGAACUUGAAAACCUGUUUAACCCCCCUGUCCCCAUGGUAGGGAAAUGUGAUAGUUCCAUCCAAUAGAAUUAUGGGUAAAGGCAAGUUAGGAAAUUAUCUUAAAAGACUGAGAAAUAGAGGUGGUGUGUCGUAUUACAGAGCGAUAUUAAAAUAAUUGGCUUAAUGACAAAAUAAUCUGAAUCAAGCUUUCAAAUUAGUCAUCUAAAAUGCUUAUACAGCUAUUUGACUAAUGAAAAGGGCAAAUGCCACUUCCUCUUGAUAUCAUUCGUACCACUUCUUCACAGAGAGAAUCAGAUAAUUAUUAUCUGAUUGUGAAAUUGUAGAACCAUUUUGCCUUUAUUUGAGGAAUAGCAACAAGCUAUCUAAUAGUUGUAGACCCAUCUUAAUAUUGAACACAUACUUUCAAAUAAGUCCUAGUUCUCAUUCUAGAAAGACCAUACACAAAUCCUUACAGAAGAUAUGCAACUGUGGGACUGAAUCUUGUUUAACCAUUUUUUUGUGUGAAUGAUUUUAGAGAAGGAAAUUGAACUUCACCACACUGGUUGUUUUUUGUCACAUAUAAUUCAGGUUCACUCUAAAGAUUCAUUACACUCACUAAUUCCCCCCCUUUCAUCCCAAAUAUGAGAGAGUGCACAAAAUGAGCAGAGAGAACAGAGUCGAGUUCUUCUAAAAGGAGAUCUGGAAAAUGUCAUUUCAAGAAGAAAGAAAGACUGACCAAACUGAGGCAGAAAGACAAACAUGUAUGUAAAUGCUGCAUAUUCAUUCUCCCAGGACGGGAAAAGAAACAAACCACACAGAAAGAAUGAAAUCCAAUGUUUUGGUUAUUUUGUCUUUUUUUCCUCUUUGUGAAUUAAGUGCAAAUGAGUUAGAUGUUUGCCGCCACCAGGAUGGAAGAUGAUGCUAAGUGAAUGUCAAAAACGUUACAAUUAUUGCCAUAAUAUGUAUUUAUUUUAUUCAGUCUAUUUCCGUGUUUAUUUAUUUAUUUAUUUGUGAAUAUUCCUGAAGCUCAAGAUGGAAAGAAAAGAUGGAGAAUCAAAUGGGAAUAUAAAAAGAGGAGAAAUUUAAGUAAAGAUUGAAUUGUCUGUACUGAGACAGUUCCCUAAUGUCUGCUAUUUUUGAGUUCAUAUCAUUUCCUGAAAGCAAAGUAGAACAUUUGCUUUUUUUCAUUUUUAUGUUUUGAAAACCAAUGCUGCAAACAUUCCUUACUGCUUAUGUUUACGUUAUGUAUAUAGUUUAGUCCCAAUUUAGAAAAAUUAUUAAGGUGUAUUCACACACAGAAUCAAAACAUACUAAAGCUAUGAGACACAAACCUAUGAGAGAUUUUAUGCUUUUUAGGCAAAUCUGAUGUAGGCCAAGUCAUAGACACCUGAAAAAGUGGAAGAGAGCAGGAGAGGGUUAAAAAGGAAGCUCCUGUAUGUAGUCCCCUCUUCACUUUUGCAAGAAUGUUACACAGAAACUAACACAAAUUGCCUCUAAAAGCAGAAACCCAUUGCCAGUGACAAAGACUUGUUGCUUUCAAUGUCGUUACAAAUAAUACAUAUGAAUUAAACAGGACUUUAAAACUGGUUUGCACUGUCCCACAAAAGAAAUGUACACAGAGCAAACCAAACAAUUUUCCCCUCUCCUUCUUCUCUUGGCCAACGUGGUCCCCACGCCCCCUUCCAUCAUCCUGGUUACCCUCUUCCAUUACCCCGGUUACGCCCUUCCAUCACCCUGGUCACCCCUAAAAAAGAAAACUGCAAGCGAAAGCUAGUUUCGUUCUAGCUCCUCCCUCGUUGACACCCUAUCUGGGAUGACUAUUAUGGAAACCUUUUAAGCCACCGUCUGGCAAACCCUACUGCCACAUUGCUAUGGACUCCAAUUGACAGCACUUCAUAUUACUGUGCCACAUCAUCACCAUACUUUACUGUACUGUGUUACUUCACAGAGACCAUGUGUGUCAAUCCACUUCUCUGUAAAUUCUAUGGAUUUAGCAGGUCAGUAAAGUCUUGUGUGUGGCUCACAAGGCAAGUAGCAAAACACUGUCUAUCAGGUUAGUCUUUGUUUACAAUUGACUCAACAGUCACCAUGAUUACCCACUAUUAGACAUAACUAGUUGUGUAAGUGUGUUUGCCUACCUUGUUCAGAUGAGAAUCUCUCUCACAGCUAUUGACAUGUUGAUGCGAAUUGAUGAAAGAGGUCUCACUAUAGCUUACACAUCUAAUUCAAGGCCUUCCCAUAGACUCACAUGACAAGGGCUGGUUCUCUUACCAAAACAUGCACAUUAUUUCACUUUCUCUGUCAUAAUGUGUAAUAUGGUGGAAACAGCUUUCGAGUCCAUGUCCAGACCAGUCCUUAUCUGUGACUCUUGAAGAUGACAGUGAAUUAGAACUGAGCCAUGAGUAAUUUGGAACUCUGGAAGACAGACCUCCGAAGCUAACUGCCCCUGUUAUGCUGCAUGUUAGACAGCAGAAUGGACCCUGAUGUUAUGACAAUGAAUGUUUUUUGGUUAAUUUUUUUUAUGCAUGCCAUGCAUACUAUGGUGAAAAAAAACACCUGAUAGCAUGGUGAAGUAAAGUGUGGGCGCCUUAAAGAUGAUGCGUACAUUGAGGUGAAUGCCUGUCAUAUUUCUUGACCUUUCCAUGAUCACCCCUCAGCCCCAUUCCAACGUCCUCUCAUUUAUAAGAUGAAACACAAAAUAAAUAUCUGAUCAGCAUUUGACAUUCAGCUCUUUCACAUGAACUCACCACCUCUCACAUUUAGAGAGAAACAGGGAAAUGCUAGAACGAAACCAUGCAUCCAAAAUUCUGUGUAAAUAUGAAAAAAAUAAACAGUGGGAGGGUAGCAAAGAUGUUUUGGUAAAAUUGUGGGUGAAAGUGAACACACUAUUGACUGAACUUUCACCACCACCCCAUCACCUCUGUCUUUCUAUAGCUCUUCCCCUUCCAACUCUCUUUUUGUAUUUCUUGACUACCCCCUCUAAUCCUGAAGAAUAUACCUCAACUCCCUGCCCCUCACCUCAUUAUAUAAUCACCUUCCAUUCCCUGUCUCUGUCCAUUGUAUACAGUACAUAUGAACCAUAUUCUCAUUCUUUAUUGACACUGUACUCACGAUUAUUGUCAUCAUUAUUGAUUAUUCCAAUUAUGAUUGUAAUACUGUAAUCUUUACCACCUUCCCUUACGCACAGUAGAACAACAUUUUCUUAAAAUCUGAAGUCAGAAAAUUAGGGGAAAACAUUACUAUGAUGAUGAUGAAAAGAGAAAUGUCUGUAUUAUAAAAUAAAAAAAUAAGUGCACUAUUAUGAUGAUUAUUAUAAUUGCCUGUGAUAAAUAAAGAACAAUAAACUACAU